AUGUCACAAAUAAUACCACCCUCAUUCGCACACUACCGCGAACCUCUCAAGCGCAAACGCACCCGCUCAGUGUCCAGUCGGCGCAGCAGCAGCGCCGGCUUCUUAUCAUCCAGCCCGAGGCCGGCGCCAUCAGAGGCCAUCAACCCGCUGUCGUACACCCCCACCGUGCUCAGCCAGCUGCACCUGGCUGGCCACAGCGACGCGGACUUUUUACCGUCAACGGCGGUACCGGACUUUCCGCACCGGCCGCUGCCGCGCGAGAAACUCUCAGGGAGACAGUCGUCGUCGUCGCCGCCGCCGCCCGAGACGAACAACGACGACGAGGAUACCGGGAAGGAUGCGAAGCGUCGGCAGAAUGCGGAGCAGGUGCACCGCGUGGCCGAGCGGCACCUCGGCGUCCUGACGGCGCUGAUCCAUCGCUCGCUCGAGGAGGGCGAUAUCGCGCGUGCAAAACGCGCCUUUGGUCUGCUCGUCCGCUCCGAGAUCCGGGGUGCUAGCGUCGAUCUGAGGAAGAAUGGGUACUGGGCGCUGGGUGCCGAGAUCUUGAUGCGGGAGGGGGAAAGACCCCCAUCUUUGUCGGGGGAUGAGGCAGCUGUUGACGAGGAGGGCGACGCGAUGCGGUCGGAUGAUGGCGACGGCGACAAGGAAGAGACGAUCCCCUGCCGCUGGGGUCGCGCGUCCAACAUGCCCGCCGUAAGGGACUACUUCCGCUCCCUGAUCAGCCAGUACCCGUGGAACAGGUUCCACCCGCGGUCCAUUUCAGCGCUGAGCUUCUGGCCCGCUCUGCUGGGCUGCGAGCUGUACAAUACUUGGAUCGAACAGGUCCGGGCGCUGCGGCGACUCGACAUCGAGGCCGAGGACUGGAGCCUUGUCGACGACAGCAACGACGAGGUGGACCCCGACGGCGCCGGCGACUCAGCGUACUUGAAGCUGGAGCGGAGGAAGCGCGAGGCUCGCGAUGCGAUCCGCCUCGACGCCCUCCGCCAGAUGCGCGACGUGGCCAGGUCGAUGGACGACCUGAUGAUCGCGCCCCCCUAUUCAACGAGCCACGAGCUGCUGAGGCUGAGGGGCAUGAUUGCGCUGUACAUGGCCGACUUGGUGGUGCCUCCCCGGCCCAGGUCGGAAGGUGAAGAGCACGAGGCAAAGGUUCAGCGCGGCACCGAGAUGGACAGGGCGCGAUAUCGCUUCCGAAAGAUCAUCGACGAUGGAGGCGAGGUCGAGCGUUGGGUUGGGGACUUUGUCUCACGUAGCACGCAUGACGAGGAUGAGGAGGAUGAGGAUGACAGGAGCAGUAAUAUCGACCUCCCAUUCUUUUCUUCGUUGCCCAUAAGGGGCCGAUGA